UGCAACCUACACCAAAGCUCACGACAAUGCCCCAGUCCCUGACCCACUGAGCGAGACCAAGGAUCAAACUUGCAUCCUCAUGGAUACUAGUUGGAUUAGUUUCUGCUGCACUAUGAUGGGAUAUCCCAAAGCUUCUAUUCUGACACAGGGCCAAUGGUGCCCACUUGCUAUUGUGGGUAGAGGUAAAGGGCCAUGUUUCCUGCUCAGACUCUAUUGACGGCCCAGGGAGGAGGAUCUCCUUGUCAUUUUUGGCUAGGGUGGGAGUUCAGGCCUUCACUGAUAUCACACUUGUUGACACAGGAAGGGAACCUUGUAUUUUCCUGCUCACAUGGCAUCCACUGACACUGCAAGGGGCGGUCUCACUAUCCCAGCAGGAAUGAAAGCCUUCAUCUUUUCUGACACCACUCUAGUGGGUGGUGAGGAUACUUCAUUAUAGCUGGGUUGGGAGGAUGAGUCCAAACAUCCCAUGUAGUCUCCAGUGACAUUGUGGGAUGGCUGUACCUCAUUACAGUUGGGCAAGAAUGUAAGUCUAAAGUCACUACUCUGCCUUUGAAGACAGGCAGUGGCGGGAUGGGCAGUUUUUUUCUGUGGUCUUUGGAGUACAGUAGUUAUUGUCUAAAGUUUCCUAUCUUGCUGCUCCUUUCCCGGUCCUUUUGCUAGAGAAAAAAGACUUUUGUUGUUUUUUGUCCAUGACUGUUGAAACUUCAAGGUUUUUGGCUUCACCAGUAUCUAGUCCGGUUAUAGAUGAGGCAAAAAGAAAACAAAGGGCUUGACUGUUGUGUUGUUCUUUGAGUUGUAAGGUCCCUAACUCAUCUGGACUCUUUUCUUCACCUUUCAGAGUUCUUAUCUUUGUUUUAUGAAUACUAUCAAGAAUGUUUUAGCUAUACUUUGCAGAAGGAGUAGGAAGUGUGUCUAUUCCAUGUUGUCCCUACCUGUCCUGAUAUUUGAAGCACCCAAGAUAUAGAAUAUUCAAGAUGCUGCUAUUACAUCUUAUAAAAUGAGAUUAAUUAGGAAAGAAGAAAAGGCAGUUAUUGUGGGAACAAAGCUGGUUGGUUCUUUCCAGGUCAUAGCCUUAAACUGAAUUUAUUGGUCUUUGCUUCCAUCUUCUAUAAGUAGAAAUGUAGAUUGGAAAAUUAACUGGAGACAACAGACAUUAUUCUUGCUAAUAUUUCAUAUUCAUAUUUGAUUACACACAUUGUGCUUAAAGAAAUGAAAAUUGAAUCAUUUGUUAGCUAGGAAAUUACUGAAUUCUUAUCAAGACCCUCAUGAGAAUGUUAAAAAGUAGCCAUAAGGAAAAUUGCAUUUGAAGGCAUGAGUUAAUUAUAAUCGCUAAUUUUCAUAUGUACACAAUAAUAUUAAUAUUAAAACAUUUAAAAAUAGGUAGUAAUUUGAUAAGAAUGUCCCUCUGUGUGAUAAGGUCACCAGUUGGCCAUAGCACUGUGUCACAUGGUCAUUUUAACUGAAAUCCUGUAUGCUGGGGGCAGGGAUUCAUCAAUACUGGAACAGUAUCUGAUGUUCAAAUAACGUGAGUUGUAUUUGAAAAUGGAAAAUGUUACAGAAGUGCCGAGUGUAAAUAAAUCAGAACCACUAACAUUGCAACCAUUUCAAAGUUACAAGGUGAGGUAGAGAUUAUCUGGAUUUUCAUUUCCUGAAAGAUGUGAAGGAUGAAACAUAGGCAGAGAAACACAAUACUGUUGGGCUUGUGCACUGGUUGCAAAAUGUUCAGAAACUAAUUAUGAAUAUUUGCUGCCUUAAGCCAUAUGCUCAUAGAGUAACUUGUAUUUUUCAUUACUGAUAAAUAUAUUAUUUAGAGUUUAGAGUUACUGAAAUGCCCUGCAUUUGACUGUAAAAUUUAAUAUGUAAAAGAUAAUGGGCUGUCUCUAAAAUACAUUUAAAAAAAAAUUCUCAUUCAGAGAAAGGACCUCAUAGAUAUGGCCUUUUCUCACAAGAAGCAAAGAGAAAUUGUUUCUUUACUUUUGUAAUAAUAUCACUGAAACCUCCAGGCAAAAGUAAUAUGAACAUACAGAAUACAGAAAAAUUAAUCUGAUUAUUAAGAUUUGUUUAAAUGUUGCAAAACUGGUGUUGAUUACAAAUGAUAUAUUAAAUAGAUAGUAUAGCCUCUAAACAAAGCAGGAGAAAAUGAAAAUCUGAUGCUCUGAACUGUGAUGGGCGAUUGGGGAAGAGCUUUAUGCUUUGCCACAGGUGUAAUUUCAAAGAACGGCAAAAAUCUCAAAGAGGGACCAAAGCUCAGCAUUCUUUUUUUAUUCUCUAUUUACUAACAUAAAAAAAUAGUCACUGUAAAAUUGCCCCACUGAGGUUUUGGGAUCUUGAAAUUUCAAUUUUAGCAUCAAAAGUUUUUUGUAUAUGCAACACACUUCCCCCUGAGUUUGAAAAAUUUACAAAAGAAAUGUGAUCAUUACAUGACUACAACAGUCUGCUUGUUUGAUGAUAACAUGGGGUCAACUCUAUCAAAUAUCAGUCUAUAAAGAUUCCUUUACAUACUUUUCAAAUGCUCUUGCAACUGAUGAGAAUAUUCAGGAAACGUUAAAUGCUGAGAUUACAAUGAGGAACAAUCAAGACUUCGCUAGUCGCAGUCGUAUCAGAGAAUGGGUCUUGUAUUAUUUAACUCAUUUUGUGGAACAAAUUACCCCCAAACUUAAGUGCUUAAAAUGACAAAUAUUUAUUAGCUCACAGUUUCUGAGGACUGGGAAUAUGUGAGAUGCCUAGAAGGUGAUUCUGGUUCAGUCUCUCAAAAGAAUGCAGAUAAACUGUCACUUGAGGCUGGAGUCAUCUGACAGCCCAAAAGGAGAGCUUUCCAAGCUUACUCCUGUGAUUAUCUACAGGCUUCUGAUCCUUGCUGGCUAUGGGCUGGACUCUUGGUUCCUUGCCACAUGGGCCUCUCCAAGGCUGAGUGCUUGACUAUCCUCACAGUGUGACAGCUGUCUUCUCCCAAGUGAAUGAUCCAAAGGAGUCCCAAGGAAGGAAGCCACAGUCAUUUAUAACCUAAUCUUGGAAGCGAUACAUCAUUAGUUCUGUUUUAUUCUAUUGGUCACCCGGACAAACCAUGGUACAAUGUGGAAGGGGGAAACACAAGGUUGCAAAUACCAAAAAGUAAGGCUUGUUGGGAGCUGUCCUGGAAUCUGGCUAUCACAGGUCCAGAGCAGUUUUGCUAUUUGGAUUCACCUUGAACAUAGGUUAAAGCAGACCUCUUCUAAAAGCCAUUGUCUCUUCUUGGGAAGAAACUGCAUCUGAGUCUACAAGUGACCAUGCAGAUAGACCAAGGGGCAAAUGGAACAUUAUUGACAUUUUCCUGCAAAAGUUACAUAACCUAUCUGCAACCCAAGUCUACUAAAUGUAGAAAGAAAUAGCAGUUCCAUUUAGUCACAUUUUUCAUGGAUACCAAAGUCCAAAUUUGAUUUCAAAAGUAUGUAUGAUCUACAGUAUAGCCCUGAGAAGAGUAAAAUGUAUAACAAAGUAAAACAAUAAAGUAUGCUAUCACAAAAAGUUAGGUGAUUACCAAUCCUAUGCAUUCAGGAAUAGUUUUAAAAUAAGCUGAAAGGUCUCUUGUUUUUCAUCUUAUUUCCCAGAUUGAAUAAUUUAAUUGGAUUUUUUGAUAUCAGUAGGAAUCAGUGACUGCUUUUAGCCUUUCUAUCUUGGCCAUAAGAUAUGUCACUUUGAAUACUUCUGGUAGUAAAUUGCUAUCAGGUAGAGAUACAGUCAUUAAAAAUUAUGAAAUUCUUGUGUUUUUUUUGUAAAGGAAAGUUCAGAUAGUUUUCAAUUUAGGAAAGUCUUCUAAAGGGCUUCACAUAAAUUAGCUUUCUGAAACUCACAAAUCAUAAGACACCUGACCCAGACAAAGCAAAUACAGAACGAUUGGGCAUAAAUAGCUCUACUGAACUUAUAUGCACAAAUAAAUAAAUAGCCAAUUUUAAACCUGAAAGGAUUUGUAAUCAUUAAAUAACUUAGCUAUCUGGUUAGAUCAGAACUUAUCUGCAGGCUAGAAAGUCUGUUUUAAAAGGCAGAGUAAUGGCAAUAAAUCACCCUUCCCUUACCUAACUCUCUAGGUUAUCUGUUCUUACACUUAUCCUCAGCCCUAGGCAGGGUAUGCCCCUAGAUGCUCUACCCUUCAGGGGAAGGAGGGGAUUAUCAUAGGUCAGAAGACUGUGAUUUCUGCCUAAUGAGGAAAAGGACCCUGAGUGGUACUGGGGUGCUGACUUUAUUUUAGCAGUGGUUUUCCACUUUGGCUGGAUGAUAGAAGCAGUGUCUCUGGGGUGAGACUCAGGUGACAAACCUUUGCUAAGCUCUCCAGGUGAUUUCAGUGGGCAGCCAAAGCUGAAAAUCUUCUGUCUUCAGGCAGUAAGUCUUUUUUCAAGUGCCCAUCAGAAUCACCUGGAGAGCAUGUUAAAGUUAUAAAAAGACAGGUCCCACCCUCAGAGUUUCUGAUUCCAUAGGUCUGGGGUGGGGCCCUAUAAUUUGCAUCUUUAACAGGUUCCAUGUGAAGCUGAUGUUGCUGUCCCACACUUUGAGAACCAAUCUUAAGAAGCGUUUGACUCAUUAUAUACUGGGGUUCUGCUGCGAAUAGGGCGGUAAGAGGAGGGAUGAAAAUAGAAGCAGAGGACGGAUACCACUAGGUCCCCUCUGCUCAAAGCGUCGUGACGUGGUUGCGAGGACAACGUGCGCCCACGUUCAGAGCGCGCAGGGAGCCGUCCUCAGCCGUGUACCGCGUGCUGGGCGCUGCACAGGCGUGAGGGGCAAGGCGCAGGAGUCGCCGGCAUGGACUGUGUCAACCCGGUGCCUAAACUCUACAGAUCUGUAAUUGAAGAUGUGAUCGAAGGAGUGCGGGAUCUAUUUGCUGAAGAAGGUGUAGAGGAACAAGUUUUAAAAGACUUGAAGCAGCUCUGGGAAACAAAAGUUUUACAGUCUAAAGCAACAGAAGACUUCUUCAGAAAUAACAUCCAUCCACCUCUGUUCACCCUUCAGUUGCCACACAGCUUGCACCAAACAUUGCAAUCAUCAACAGCAUCGUUAGUUAUUCCUGCUGGUAGAACUCUUCCCAGUUUUACCACAGCAGAACUGGGCACCUCAAACUCUGUUGCAAACCUUACUUUUCCUGGUUACCCUAUUCAUGUACCAGCAGGUGUGACACUACAGACUGCAUCUGGUCACCUUUAUAAAGUCAAUGUACCAGUUAUGGUGACACAGACUUCUGGAAGAGCAGGUAUUCUUCAGCAUCCAAUUCAGCCAAUAUUUCAGCAGCUUGGACAGCCUUCAGUAAUACAGACCAGUAUUCCACAAUUGAACCCAUGUCCUCUUCAAGCAACCACUGAAAAAUCACAGAGAAUGCAAGAUGUACUCCAACAACCUAUAGUUCUUCAUUCUGGGACAGUGGAGAGGAAACAUUUAGAAAAUGCUACCAGUGAUACACUUGCACAUCCUGGAAAUGAGCAUAAAAUCAUGUCUGAAGCUUUACUGAGUCAGCUGGAAAGCCCUCAGUAUAUUAGCCUUCCAGGUGUUGUAUUUCCUCCACAGGUCUCUCAGCCAGAUGCUAAUGUGGAGCCAGUACUCAGUGUUUCAGCCUGCAUGACUCAGAAUCUGCAUGGUGUGCCCCUCUCUACAGGCCCUCAGAGGGCUCAGCACCAGCACUUGCCUGACGUUCAGCCUUGUGUUCUUAAAAAUAGGAUGUGUGGAUGUGAUUCUGUAAAGCAGACAAGAACUACAGAGGAGCCCAGCAGCCUACCUGUCUCAGAGAAGGAUUCUAACUCUCAGAUGGAUUUAAGUAUUCAGAUAACUGAUAAUGAUAUUAAUGAGAUAAUUCAGAUAGAUGGAACCGGAGAUACAUCUUCCAAUGAUGAAAUAGGAAGUACAAGAGAUGUGGAUGAGAAUGAAUUUCUAGGGAUUAUUGAUGCAGGGGACCUGAAGGUACUUGAAGAAGAAGCUGGCAGUAUAUCAAAUGAAGAUUCAACUGCCAACAGUAGUGAUAAUGAAGACCCCCAAAUAGACCUUGUGGAAGAGGACCCUUUAGAUUCUGGAGAUGAUGUUAGUGAGCAGGAUGUGCCAGACCUGUUUGACACGGAUAAUGUAAUUGUCUGUCAGUAUGACAAGCAGGGUGCUCCACACACUCCAUCACUUACAGAAGGGCCCAUUCAGCUGAGAACAAGUGCCAAGCAAAUGACUAAUCACUCCUUUCCAGAUGAAGGACCGAGAGUGAGGGAGGAUGGAAGCACAAUGCCCCCAUGGGCUCUCUGGGAGAGUUGGAGUUGCAAUCCUCAUUAACUUCAGAGGUGGGGCAAUUACGCCUUGCUGGUAGGCACUAUUCUUCUUAAAAUCAUAACUAACAUAAGUUAAUGACCCCUAAUAAAAAACGCUGAGCAGCUCUUGUGUACAAAUGCUGAAAUGUGGUGUGUGAGAUGUCUUUGAUUGCUCCUUGGGUUUGGUGGUGUGGCCCCAUCUUUGGAGCUCAUAGACCUCUAAGGCUUAUCUCAACAUGCAUUUUCUUAUUGAUCUUCUUCCACAUCUUCUGCUUUUUCAUUCUUAUUUUAGACCACUCCCAUCUGGAAGGAGUACCUAUUGGUUCCUGAUUAUUUUUAGAUUUAGGUCAAAUCAAAGGGAGUCUUAGAUAUUUGGGAUCUUUGAAUAAAGGCUACUUUACUGAAUGAUUUCUUCUGAAUACUCUUUUCAGAGUUAAUUAUAAGCCUUUUGCCUCUUAUCCCUUAUUGCAUUUGAGACUCUUCAAUCCAGUGUCUCCUCUACCUCCGCCAUUUAUCUAAAUGUAUUUCCCACUUCUUAAGCAGGAUGUUCACUCCCAUUGAGUAUGCCUCACCCUGUUUUCCUCCUUCCCAUAGGCAUGAUUUUGCUCAUGUUCACCUGGAAUACUCACUUCCACUUUCUCAGUGUGUGGUACCACAUAAUGGUUAAGACCAUGACGCUGGAGCUGAGACUAUCUGGAUCUAACUCUUGACCUUGAGCAAAUUACUUAACUUCUCAGUGCCUUAGUUUCCUUAUACAAAAAUGGGGCUGAUAGUCCCUACCUCAUAAGAUUGUUGCAAGACUUCAGUGAGUUAAAAAGUACUUUGAAACAGUGCCAGCAUUUAAUAAGUGCUAUAUAAAUAUUAGCCACUAUUAUCACAUUUACUCACACCAUGUUACUGAUUCUGCAAGGUCUAAUGCAAGCCUCAGCUCCACCAUGCAGCCUCUAUAACUUCUCCAGCCCAAGAGGACUUCUCCAAGACUUCCCAUUUCUGUGUGCCACAUACUCUUACAGGAAAUAUGUAUUGGCUUGUAUUAUUUUUUCAUUAUUUCAAUGUUUUCCCCCUAUUGAGAUUAUGAGCUUCUCAAAGACACAGAUCUUAUAUGUCUUCUGUGUCCUUACUAAAGAUGUGGAAAGACCCCAAAUCCUAAGAUGUGUGGUGCCUCCCCACUCAGUGUUUGCCCUAUUAUUGCCCUCUUUCUGAUAGAGGACAUGAUAAAUGAAUAGUUCCUGGUCCGUAUGCAAUGAUGAGUCAUAAAUACUUUAUAAACAGCUGGAAGAGCUAUGGUACAUGAGGAAAUAGUACAUGAGGGCAGUGGAGGUAUGAAAGACCAUAGAGAAGUUUUUCUAGAUCUAGUCUCCUUUCCUGUGUUCAAAAGUUGCAAGGAAAGAAUUUGAGUUAUCUUGAAACUAUUUUUGGUUGCCACUCUAUAUUCUUUUGAUUGUAUCAUUGGCCACAUCUUUGUAACAUGAUAAUGUUACAACAUGAUAAUGUUACAACAUGUUUGUAACAUGUUGAAUUAUACCUACACAAAAUAAAAGUACUAUUCAACUUUAGUGUACUGUUGAUACUGAUUUCUAGAAUCCAUUAUAUAAAAGAGAGUCCUCUGAGAUGGUCUCUUCUCUUGUUUCACAACUGCCUCCUCUCUUUAGGGUCAUCCAGUACAUACUCUCUCUUUCUUUCUUUAAGGGCAUUUAAGCUCAUUAUUGCCUUGUCGUGAUCCUGCCGUGGGCUGUAACCAAAGCAGAAUGAGUGAGAGGGAUGUGGAUAUGGGGGGCAGAAUUGAAUAUUGGUCAUUGGGCUUUGGAUAUAAAUGUGAUGUGGUGCCCAGGCUGCUACCUAUGAAUGGUGGUGCAAAGGAAGGUGUCUGUGUGAAGAUGGCAGGAGUUCUGGGACAGAAAGGCAGGUAUACAGUGAAGAGAAUAAAUUGGGUUAUCUUAGUGUGAUGCCUCUCGAACUUUAACAUGCAUAUGAAUCACUUGGAAUCUUAUGAAAAUGCAGAGUUUGAAUUAGUAGGUCUGGGGUGGUCCAGAGAGUCUGCAUUUCUAACAAGCUCUCUGAAGGUGCUGUAGAUGCCUGUCCAUGGACCAUACUUUUAGUAGCAAGGCCUUAGGAAAGAGCACAGAAGGGGUAGGCCUGUGAGCCUGGUAACCUGCUAAGCAUCUGCCUAAUAAAAAGGCAUUAUUUUCAUGUAUUAAAUGUUGUGGGAAUGGGCAUAGAUGGUGUUGUUUGGAAACAUAGAAACAAAGUGAGCAGGUUCCAAGGUGAAGGUAAAAAAUUAGAGAAAGAGAGAACAGGGUCCAUUGAUCAACUACUCUACCUACUUGGAGAAUAUCCUUCCAAACUCUCCUCAGUUGAAACUGGAAAUUGCUGUGCUCUCUUUUAACCAGGGCAUCCACUGCCCUCCAGGCGGUCUCUUCUCAGGUUCAAAGUAGUCCGUUGAUGUAGUGAACAAUCUCAUCAGUUGGAAAUUCAGUCAGUGUAAAUCCUCAGGGCCCAUUUGAUUAAUUUUAAACUUGGUGGGUUGGUUGUCAUGUGAACAUAUGACUUAGCUGCCAUCCCAUGUAGCUCCUCUCACCCAUGGCAUUUUAGGUCAAGAAGAAUGUCACCAGUGAGUUAUAAACAUGGUAAAAGACAAGGGCCACCUCAAGCUAGAGGUGAGAAUAGCAGGAGCUGUAUGGCACAGCGUGAAUCU